CAUUCAGGUCAUCGAGUUCAACGCGCAUGCGCCUAUCUGGGUAACGGCCCUCCAUGAAGGCUUGUUUGCGCGUGCGUGUGUUGUGCUGGUUUCAGCGGGAUGUGGCGGGCCUUGAGGAAAUGGCGUCCAGUAUACUGGCAAAAGGGGAUCAGCACUCAUUGUAUUCCAUCGACCAGUAACACUUCUGAUAUGCCAAUGACGUUGGAAAAUCCUUACAAAGAACCCCCCAAGAAAUGCAUUCUGUGUGGUGUUUCAGUGGACUACAAGAACGUACAGCUUUUGUCCCAGUUUAUAUCUCCAUAUACGGGUCGUAUCUUUGGGAGACACAUAACAGGUUUGUGUGGAAAGAAACAAAAACACAUUUCCAAGGCCAUCAAAAAAGCCCAGCAAAUGGGAUUUAUGUCAGUCACGUUUAAAGAUCCUGCUUUCCUAAAAGAUCCAAAUAUUUGUGAUUUCAAACUUCGAGAAUGAUCCUCAACCUCAGUGACUAUUUAUGGUGCAGUGCUCUGAAGAUUUUCAUUUUAUAUUUCUAGAAUCAAUAAAGUGUAUUAAAUGUUGAUGCAUGGAAAGAUUUGUUCUACACAAAUAAACUUUCAAUGCAAAAGAGAA